AUGUCAAAAGAUGCAAAUUACGAAAAAUAUUACAAAAAUGCACUGAAAAAAUUUACGGAAAUCGCAAAUGAAACAAAUUCGACAACUACUCCUAGGUUACUAUCGUCAUCACCUCUCAAGUAUACGUCCAGUUCAAAAAUGAAAACAACAUAUUCACAAAUUAUGCCAUUUUCUCAUCAAACAAAUCAAUAUGAUUAUAAUCCUAUUCAACAAGAUCAUAACUCACUUACUACUCAAUCUUAUCCUGUUCAGCAUAAUGAUAAUCCACAAAAUAGUACUUCAACUACGAAUCGAUCUUGUCAUAUUAAACAAAGUAAAAAUUCUCUCGUGAAUCAAUCUCAAAUUAUUUCUCAACAGAAAUCAAAUAUAGAUUGGCCUGAAGAAAUCGAUGGAUGGGUAUAUAUAAAGAAUUCGGAUGGUAAAGCGGAUUUGGACGAAGUUGAUAAAGUCGAAGACUAUCAUUGUGUAUGCUGUAAAUGUGCAGAAUGCACAAUAACUGAAAUUGAUUCACCAAAUGUUACAACAAUUUCAUCUCGAUCAAUUUCAACAUUGAAGAAUACCAUCCCUAAUCAUACAACUACCACUUCAACUUCUACACAAGCUUUAUUGAAUACCAAAAAGUUGAGUGAUGCAAUGUUUGAAGAUGAUGAAAUGUAUUUAAUUUUAUGA